AUGGAAAACUUUACUGAUAAUCCAACGUCCCAAACAUGGGAAACUGUUUAUGGCUUAUACAACAAAGUUUUAGUUGCCAAGUCGAAAAACAUGAAAGCCGAUAAAGCUAAACAACUUAAGGAACUCGAUAAAUGGUAUCAAGAAGAACUCUCAGCGACCAUCAAAGGAAGAAAAGAUAGAUAUGUAACUCAUGAGGAGCUUUGUAAACUUAUGAAAUGGAAACUGACGAGAGGAAAAUUCCGACCUCGUCUUGAACAAAUGGUCCAGAGUAACAGUGAGGCAGAAGUUGAAGCUGCAAGUCGGAAGGCUUUUAAAGAACUGCCAAACCUUCCUAAUGCAAUAAAAGCACUCACAGUAUUAAAGGCAAUAGGACCAGCCACAGCUUCUGCUGUUUUGGCAGUAGGUGCUCCGGACAUGGCAGCCUUCAUGGCUGAUGAGAGUAUGUUGGCUAUACCAGGGUUAGCUCCCUUACAGUACACUUUGCCAUUUUAUAACCAGUUCAUGGACCAUGUGAAAUCAAUUACAAAAACACUCAACAAAGAUCAGCAAGAAGGUACUAAAUGGACCCCCCACAAGGUUGAGCUGACAUUGUGGACAUACCAAAUAGCUACAAACUUGUGUCCAGAAUUGCUAGCAGGUAUCGAAGAUGAUUCCACUACAACAAAAAGAAAAACCUUAACAGAAAAUAGAAAAACAAAUAUUGUUAAAAAACUUAAAACAUGACUUAUGAUUGUCAGAAUAACAUUUUCAUGUUCAGUUUUACUGUCAUUGGAACUGUAAAAAAACAUACCUGUAUAAAUUUUAUUUUGUCUGUACCAGUGGUUUGGUAUAUAAAAUAAGUUACCUGGUGUUAUCUCACUCCUCAGUAAUAGGCAGUCUUUCUGGUCUGUUUUGUAUAUUUCUACCGUAUAUCUAUAUCAUCCCUACUUCACUUAAAUAACAAGUAGAGUUUUGGUAAAGGCAUACAGCAUAGGAGUUUAUAUGUUGUAUCAUACCUCUAUACUCACACCACACUUAAGUGACAUGGAUUGACAGUAAAUGUCCUCAAAUAAUAAUUUCAUCUGAUAUUGUAAUUACAAAGAAGAUAAUAUUACUCAUGAAGUAAAUGGGCUGUUCAUUUUUAUGGAUCAGUUUGUCUUUUACAGUAAUAUCUUUUGUUUGGUUGAUUAUCAGUGUAGGUAAAUCCUUAGUUCUGAGAUUGCUGGCAGUGAUAAAAAUUCUUUCAGAUGUGAAGUUAUUAUUCAAUAUUGAAGUUGUUAAUUCACAUUUCAUUGGUAUUGGUAGUGAGUUAGUGAUACAUAUUUCAUUGUCAUUCUGAAACAAGAAUCUUUUUCAUUUAUUAAUGAAUAAUAAUUCUACUUGCAAGGACAAGGAAUUAUUCUUUUUUUUUUUGUUAACUGUUUUACCUUAUGUAUUACACGAUGUUAAAUAACUUGCUGGAUUAAAGGUGAAAU